AUGCCGGGCGAUCUCACGUACUAUCCGGUCAAGCUCGAAUGCCCACAUCUUUGGCUACGACUGGAAAUCUGUGAAUCACCUUCCUAUCCAGGUGACAGAACACCAGACUUGGGAAAUCGAAUCAGUGGAGACACAAGCUCGGAUUCAUCCUCCUUCAGAGCUAGCCAAUGGUUGUUAGACUGUCUUGCAAAUCACGAUCAGUGUGGACCUGGAAAUUCUAAUAAGGCACGUCCAUCGAGACUGCUUCACGUCGGCAAAACGUGGUAUGGCCAGGGCGACUUGGAGGUGAAGCUGCUAGAUUACCCGAACAUCACAGACCGCGUCACCCCCCGCGACCCAGAGUAUGCUUGUCUGAGCUAUUGCUGGGGUGGAAUCUCGGACAUGACCACGACGAGAGCGAAUCUUUACAAAAGGACGCUGGGUAUCGACUGGGAGAGUCUACCGAAGACAUUUCAACACGCUAUUGAAUUCACUAGGCGCAUGCAAAUCAACUAUCUUUGGAUAGAUGCCUUGUGCAUCAUUCAAGAUGACCCAGAGGACUGGCAGAGGGAAGCAGCACGUAUGGGAGACAUAUAUUCCAAUGCGUUCUUCACGAUAUCCGCAAUGACGGGUUCCAAUAGCAGAGCGGGAUUAUUCUCCAAAUCGUCCUCUGGCAGAGCUCCCGUCAGACCGUUUUAUAUCCCAGCCGAAGGACCAGCACAUGUUCUAUUCCGUGUUCGAGAAAUCCUUCCCCACCGUGGAAUGUACUUCGACGACUCGAAUGGCUAUUCCAGCUGGACCGGGGAUUAUCAAGACGGUCUCUUCCCGCUGUUGCGCCGGGCAUGGGUGUAUCAGGAACGGCUCCUUUCGCGGCGUAUCGUGCACUUCACACCUCAUGAGCUCGUCUGGGAGUGCAAAGGAAAUGCGCAUUGUGAAUGCGGCCAAAUUAAGCAAGGAGACAACGCGAACAGCGAGGGCCUCCUGAGUGCAUCCAGGAUCGACGCCCAGAAGUACAGCGUCAUCAAGUCCAACAUGAGAUGGUGGCACAGUAAAGUCGAAGUCUACUCGAAACUGGACCUGACGUACGCAAGCGACAAGCUCCCCGCGCUGUCGGGUAUCGCUGCUAUGGUGCAACAACGCGUCGGCGGGCAGUACCUAGCGGGAUUGUUCGCGGUGGAUCUGUGGAACGAGCUACUAUGGCGCAUCGAUGACCUCGACGGAGGAGAAGACAGGUGGUUUGGCAAGUCACGACGAACCCGAAGGGCCCCGGAAUACCAAGGCCCAUCAUGGUCCUGGAUCUCUCUAUCCGGCGGCUUCGAUGGGCUAUAUUUCCCACACGACUCUGACUCGCGCGCCCUCGAGACCGACGGCCGCUACGUCCAGAUCCUAGAGAUUAAAUAUACGCCCGUCGGGCUCGACCCGUGCGGCCAGGUGUCCAGCACACACAUGGUCCUGGCGGGCUUUCUCGCGCCAUGCCUGCUCCGCUAUCCCCUCGAGCGAGCAGACCCAGAGGGCGGAAGAAACAAGUCAAGCCUGCACUACCUCUACUAUGUGCAAUUCAAGAAAUACGAGCUGCUCAUCUUCGCAGACUACCCGUUCGACGAGCCCGGCCCGCAUCAUAUCCCCGAGCGGACGCGCCUGUACUGCCUGCGCAUUGGGAAGGCGAAGUGGGAGCAGAGAGACAAGUCUCGCGAUUACGGCGGCCGCAAGCCCCCGCGUGUGCCUGUCUGGAAGACCGCUGAUCUGCUUGUUCUGCGUCGGACAGGGGCGGACACGGACGCAGACACUGCUGUCGACGGGCAGAUAGCUCGGCAAUUCCCCCGGAGGUGGCGCAGCGAGGAGAUGUGCACGUACGAGCGCGUCGGCUUGCUCUCGGGCUUCUCGACGCUGCUGCAGGGCUCGGCGCCCGGGCAGCUCGCGAUGAUGAACGAGGAGGCGGAUGAGGAGAUCUUUGAUCAGGUGGAGAGGUCUGUGUUUAGACUAAUUUGA